GGAAGUGGGACUAGGCCGAGCCGGAAGCGCCUCCGGCAGUGGCGCGAGCGUCGGCUUGCGCCAAAUUUGAAACGGCCGCCCGCGGUGGCGGCGGCUCCAGCAGCUCCGGCAGCUCAGGAGGAGCACUGGAAGUGGGGCUGGGCCGAGCCGGUAGCUCUGCCGGAAGAGGCACGAGCCUGGCGCCCGCGCCAAAUUCGAAGGGGCCGCCCGCUCAGGAAACGGAGCACCGGAAGUGGGGGUGGGUCGAGCCGGCAGCGCUGCCGGAAGUGGCACGAGCCCGGCGCCCGCGCCAAAUUCGAAAGGGCCGCCCUCUCAGGAAACGGAGCACCGGAAGUGGGGGUGGGUCGAGCCGGCAGCGCUGCCGGAAGUGGCGUGAGCCCCGCGCUCGCGCAAAAUUCGAAUAGUCGCACGCGCGGUGGUUGAGGAGACGGCCGUUGGCGAAUUCCUUCCCGAGGCAGACAGCGGCCGCUCCUCGGGGUCUGGGUGGACGCCGUUCGCCGGGCCAUGGCGCGGGUCUUGGGACCAGGGGCCGAGACAGCCGAGCGAGACAUGAGCACUGAUGAGGAGGGACAAGAAGAACAGAACCAGAAGAAGAAAAAGAAGAAGACCCGUCCUGCAGUUUUGGAGUCUAGUAGUGAUGAAGAAUUUGAAACGGUGUUAUCCCAGGUAAAAAUUCCAAAGAUCUCGUCAGUUUCAUCUUGGGAGAAAAGAAAUGACCAAUGUGAUGAAGCUGGGAACUCCGUUGAAGAGUUGGUGAAAAUACAAACAUCUGGAGAAAAAACCAAAGAAAAGAAAGCCUUCAAGACUCCUUCAAAGGAUGUUCCCACCUCAGUUCAGGAUUCAGGGACCCCCACGCCCGGCUUUUCAGGCACUUCAGGGGUAGUGCCUACCUUGUCGACUCCCCCACUCACAUCAGCCAGUUACGCAGAUGCUCCGAAAAGCAGUAGAAGGAUGAAGACAUGCAAGGUGGCUGGCUGUUUCUUGGCAGAGCUGUCCAGUUCCUCAUCGGAUUAUGUAAAGUACUUCCACCUGAAAAAGGAGGAGCUGACCUGGAAGCUCUAUCACUUCUAUAACACCACAGUCUUCAGGAAGCAGCUGCCAGAGAAAAUCAGCAUAAACUGGAAUAAAAAGAUGCGUACAACAGCGGGAUACUGCCAUUUUUCAGGCAAGGAAGGUGGUCUACAAACAACUCGUAGUAUCCGAAUUGAGCUUUCUGAAAAAGUCUGUGACUCUGCAGACCGGCUUCGGGACACAUUGAUCCAUGAAUUAUGCCAUGGGGCUACCUGGCUGUUUCAUGGUGUCAGAGACUGUCAUGGUCCCUUUUGGAAGGUCUAUGCCCAAAGAUCUGCGCUGGUGCACCCCGAACUGCCUCUGGUUAAACGCUGUCACUCUUACGAGAUUCACUACAAGUUUAUCUACGAAUGUGCUCAGUGCAAAGCCAGGGUUGGCCGUCACUCCAAGUCGGUGAAUACCGAGCGUGUAGUCUGUUCUCUGUGCCAUGGGCCUCUACUAUUGCUUCCGCCCAGCCAGAGUGCUGGCACAUCUGAGCAGACUCAAUCUGCUCCAGCUGCCACAUAUAUGAGAAUAAGCCACCGCUCUGUUACGGGAAAAAGUGUUCACUUGCGCCAGAGAGAGGCGACAUUAAAUGAAAAUGCUGAGGCCCAGUAGGGUGCGGUGACCGUGGGUCAGGAUAUUGCUGUUUCUAGCAAAUUUAUUUAGGGCAGAUUAGCUGGAAAACUAGUGUUGAACUGUUCAAAUUUUUUUCCACGUGUUUGAUGUAAAAUUUAGUGCUGAUUUAGAAUCCUGUGCAUUUGAGUAGUGAUUUCCUGUCAUUGGCCAAGUAACAUCAGGAUUGUGGCUGUGAAAAUAUCUAGCUGCCCUCUCCUUCUGCCUCCACGGGCCCAGGAUUCUGACAGUGUUGGGAGCUGAACUCGUUUGGGUGAAAUGGCCGCAGCUCUGUGAGGGGCGAGAGAAACCAGAACAAGCAUGGCCCAGCUGAGGAUUUUAAUACAGAUUUUAGCCAGGAGUACUUGGAUUGUCACUGGGUUUUUUCUUCCAGAGAAAAACUAAGCAGUAAGCAUUGGAGUUUAUUGUGAAGAAUAAAAUCUUUUCAUGGCAUUGGUCGAGACUUUUAUUUACAUACCACCAGCUGGUGCUUC